UGUGAUCAGUCUUCACAUAGAGUGUUUACGAACAACACACAAUCGAAUAAUUAACAAUAGUGCUAAGAACUUUUCACGCAAUUUCAAAAAGUGUGAACAAAAGAGGCUCGUUUUUGCUACCAUGUGUGCCAUCCUCAGUUUCGGGUAAAUCACCAAAUUCAUGGAACGUUGUCACUGAAGAUACAUAUCUGGUGAAGGAAACGCAAACUGAAGACUAUGAGGUACAGGAAUAAGCGUCGUGUCUUCAGCUGGAUUUUUAUAUGGGCACAUCUCCAGCUGGUUUCGAGCGAAGAUGUUUCUCCGACCGACAGUAAUUUCACUCAGCCAACUAAUGACAAUCCGAUUUCCAAAGACCUGCGCGGUCUUUUCUCGCCUCGAAUGGACUACGAUCAAUGGAAGCCGCUCGGAAGAGGCGAUCCAUUAAAAAAUGACCCAACGUACGACUACGUGCCACCAGUCCUGGACAGGGUUCACUACUGGAUCGACCCAGCUCUGCGCAAACCCGACCCUCCGCUGCCCGGCGAAAGUCAGAAGACCGAAAUAUUGUUGCUGGGGGUGUCGUCCAAAAAACCCAGCACCGGGACCUCAGUUGCUGAUUCGAGAAAAGAUACGUACGAUUCUUUUCUGAAAUUCGUCGACGGACCCAAGUUCACCGGUCAAAGAAACACGAGACCACACUUUCCGAUGACCUCGUCGUACUUCACGCCUUCGUUCUAUUCAAAAAACAAGGGCUCUUUUCCAAAGACUAACGAACAAAGGAUGCCUUACACGAUGUUGAUGCCGCCGCCAAUGAUAACGAAGAGACCAAAUCCGGCGUCGUCGUAUCCCGUACAAAAACCUGACGUACAAACUACUACAGUCGACUCUCUUACUGUGACAUCCACGAAUGUACCUGUAACUAACACAGAAACGUCGAAUCCUGAUGCGGAAGUAACAGUACAAGCGGCCAAUUUGGUGUACCACUCGAGUAGUUUGGGUAAUGCCAACGACUGGAAGACUACAGAGACGUCGACUAAUUUAACUCCAAAUCCGGCACUUUAUUCUACGAAAAAGUUAAAACCCUACAAAGAGGAAGUGGUUUUUCAGAAACAUUUGCAGCCUCCGGAGCCGUACAUGCAGAUCCAGUUUGCACCGCCACGACGUAAUCUAACAAGUCAGCCAUUAGUGGCAGCUAACAGUGAUCAUAACAUUAAUUAUGUUACGCCUCCUCCUCUAAUUGAACAAGAAAUAAUGCAUAAAGGUCAAGUGUCUGACGAUAAUUUGGACAUAUCGAACACUUACGUGAAGAUUGGUAAAACGGAAGCUCAAGUGCACUCUACUGCUAUGGACAACAUUUCUAUUUUACCGCCAGAGAGUUUAGUGGGACAACCACCGAAUAUGAUGAUAUUUUCCCACAUGCCACCACUGACCCAAACUCCUUUAACCAUGCAAACCAUACAGAGCAUGCAAAGUAUGCAACCGCCUCCAGUAACCACAAGUCCUGUGUACAAAAAAUCGACUAAUCCCAUUAGACAAGCUCUAGAGAGAGAAAAAGCGGAAGAAUCAACCACUGAGAAAAUAGAAACUAGCACAACACCAUCUUCGUAUGUAACUCUAACGACAACCAUACCAACAACGACAAUGACAACAUCUUUAACCACAGAUCCACUUUUUAAACACUAUAAACAGCCGACGGAACCUUUAAGGGGUCCUCUGUAUUUAAUAAUCCAAGGUCAUUCGAAAGUGAAAACGUACGGAGCGAGCAAACAAUAUCAUGGAAUACGCGUACAAGAGACGAAUGAGAUCUCUGACGAUAAGGAGGAUACGCGCGUGAAACAUUUGCAUAACUAUGUGAAGAAAGAAGAAGAAGAAGGAAAUUCGCGAGAGGCGAGAUCCGGGAAUCUCCAAACUUUAAAACAUGUGAUUCAAACUAGAUUGGGUGCCAUUGAUUUCAGUGAUGUCGGAGCUGAAAGGAGAAAGGACCAAGGAGUCAAAGAAACGGAGCUCCAGUUCGGAUAUAAAGUAGGUGAAGAUGUGACUAGUGAAAAGUAUCAUAAAGGAAUCGUUGAAGAGGCUAGAAAACUCCACAUGGAGGCUUAAUUUUGUGAUUUUUAAUGUUAUAUUUUGUGCUAUAAUUUUUUAUUUAUUUUUAUUUAUAC